AUUACAUUCUAGUAAUACCUUGGUGCUAGUUUUGGAUCUAUCCUCGAUUUUUUUUUUUUUUUUAACUCUUUCUCUCUCUUCAAUACUACGUCUACGUUUGUAUGAAAUGAUGAAGAUGGCCAUGAGUUUGAUUCUAAUGCUUCUAUUUACUCUCCUCUUUGCAGGGUUUGAAGCUGAUGCAUUAACCUAUGAUUACUCAGCUAGUAUUGAGUGUUUGGAAAACCCUUGGAAACCCCUGUAUGAUGGAGGGAUCAUUGUUAACCCAGAGUUAAACCUCGGGCUAGAAGGAUGGCACCCAAUCGGAGAUGCGAAAAUAGAACAUAAACAAUCAGCAUUAGGUAACAAAUUCAUAGUGGCUCGCGGUAGAAAUCAAUCAUUUGAUGGCGCUUCCCAGAAGAUUUAUCUGAAAAAGAACAUGAUAUACGCCUUUUCCGCAUGGAUACAAGUAAGCCAAGGAAAAGCGCCAGUAACCGCUGUUUUCAAAACAACAACCGGCGCCCAACAUGCUGGAGCAGUGGUUGCUGAAUCCAAGUGCUGGUCCAUGCUUAAGGGUGGCCUUAGUGUUGAUGAAUCUGGCCCCGCCGAACUUUACUUUGAAAGCGACAACAUAUCAGUGGACAUCUGGGUUGAUAGCAUCUCAUUGCAACCAUUCACCCAAAAGGAAUGGAGUUCUCACCAAGAACAAAGCAUUCAAAAGAUACGUAACACAAACAUGAGAGUUCAAGCAGUCGACGCAGAGGGUAACCCCCUACCCAACGCCACAAUCUCCAUUUCCCAGAAGGCAUCUGGAUUUCCCUUCGGCUGUGCUAUAAACAAGAACAUUCUCAACAACCAAGCCUACCAGAACUGGUUCACCUCAAGGUUCAAAGUCACCACAUUUGAAGAUGAAAUGAAGUGGUACAGCACGGAACCAUCACAGGGCCGCGAGGACUACUCCGUGGCCGACGCCAUGCUCAACUUCGCCCAACAACACGGCGUGGCAGUUCGUGGCCACAACGUCUUAUGGGAGGACCCCCAAUACCAAGCCGGUUGGAUCUACAACCUCUCGCCCUCCGACCUCUACAAUGCCGCCGUACGAAGAUUAACUUCCAUAAUGACUAGAUACAAGGGAAAGCUCAUCGCGUGGGAUGUGGUGAACGAAAAUCUACAUUUCUCCUUCUUUGAAAGCAAGCUCGGCGCAACUAUCUCUGCAUAUAUCUAUAAGUUGGCUGGCGGCGUAGACUCACGAACCCCUUUGUUCUUGAAUGAGUUUAAUACAAUUGAGGAUAGUAGAGACGGUAAGUCUGUGCCGGUAAAGUACCUUGGAAAGCUGAGAGAAAUCAAGGGGUUUCGUGGUAAUGGUGAUUUGAAUAUUGCAAUCGGGCUUGAGUCCCAUUUUGGUGUUCCUAACAUUCCUUACGUGAGAGCUUCUCUUGACACUCUUGCUGCCGCCAAAGUGCCCAUCUGGAUUACAGAGCUUGACGUACUAAGCAACCCCAAUCAGGCACAAUUUUUGGAGCAGAUUCUAAGGGAGGUACAUUCUCAUCCAGCGGUGAAUGGUAUUGUGAUCUGGGGAGCAUGGAAACCAGGAGGGUGUUAUAGGAUGUGUUUAACUGAUAAUAAUUUCAAGAAUUUGCCCACCGGAGAUGUUGUUGACAAGCUGCUGCGUGAAUGGGGUAUCAACAAGGCCUUUGAGGUCUCAACAGACUCUGAAGGUUUCUAUGAGUCCUCCCUUCCUCAUGGAGAUUAUGAAGCCAAAAUCACACAUUCUACUUUAUUCGAAUCUUCUCCUGGUCACACCUUCAAGGUAACGUCAACAAGUUCUUCGAAACAGCAGUCCAUGCCUGUGGUUCUUCAAGUUCCUGCAUAAAUGAAACAGUCCUUCUUCCUUUGUUAAAUUUCUACUUUUUCCACAAAAAAAUACUUAAAGGAAAAAUAGAAAGGUAUUGUGGAAGUUAUCAAAUAGAAACGAGUAUCCAUUCUUCGUAAUUUAAUUAUAAUAAAUGUUAAUUAUUUAU